AUGGAUAGCAAAGGGCGGCACGUCAUUGUUUGCGACAACGGAACGGGAUUCGUAAAAUGUGGUUACGCCGGCAGCAAUUUCCCGGCCUAUAUUUUCCCGUCGAUGGUCGGCAGGCCUAUUAUCCGGGCGGUGAACAAAAUCGGAGACAUCGAGGUGAAGGAUUUACACGUUGAUGACUUGAUGGUGGGUGAUGAGGCGUCCCAGCUGCGGUCCCUCCUGGAGGUGUCCUACCCGAUGGAGAACGGUGUUGUGCGGAACUGGGAGGACAUGUGCCACGUCUGGGACUACACGUUCGGCCCGAAGAAGAUGAACAUCGAGCCGUCCAACACGAAAAUACUGCUCACCGAACCACCGAUGAACCCGACCAAAAACCGGGAAAAGAUGAUCGAGGUGAUGUUCGAGAAGUACGGGUUCGAUUCGGCGUACAUUGCGAUCCAGGCCGUGCUGACACUAUACGCGCAGGGUUUGAUCAGCGGUGUGGUUAUCGAUUCCGGUGACGGUGUCACGCACAUCUGUCCGGUGUAUGAGGAGUUUGCGCUGCCGCAUCUAACGCGCCGGCUUGAUAUUGCCGGACGGGACAUUACGCGCUACCUUAUCAAGCUGCUGUUACUGCGCGGAUACGCAUUUAACCAUUCGGCAGACUUCGAAACGGUGCGCAUGAUGAAGGAGAAGCUGUGCUACAUCGGCUACGAUAUCGAGAUGGAGCAACGGCUUGCCCUGGAAACAACGGUGCUGGUAGAGUCAUACACGCUACCAGACGGACGUAUGAUAAAGGUCGGCGGAGAACGAUUCGAGGCACCCGAAGCACUCUUCCAGCCGCAUCUGAUCAACGUGGAGGGGCAAGGUAUCGCCGAGUUGGUGUUCUCCACCAUCCAGGCGGCCGAUAUCGAUAUGCGGUCGGAGCUGUACAAGCACAUCGUACUGUCCGGCGGGUCCACCAUGUAUCCCGGCCUGCCGUCACGGCUCGAGCGCGAAAUCAAGCAGCUCUAUCUGGAACGCGUGCUCAAGAACGACAUCGACAAGCUGUCCAAGUUUAAGAUCCGCAUCGAGGAUCCACCCCGGCGAAAGGAUAUGGUGUUCAUCGGCGGUGCUGUUCUUGCGGAGGUCACGAAGGAUCGGGAUGCCUUCUGGAUGUCGAAAGCGGAAUACCAAGAGCAGGGGCUGAACGUGCUGAAAAAGCUUAGCACUAGAACAAGCAACUAA